AUGAGAGGCCGCGUAAGGCUCAACAUUGGCGAUUUUUUGACAACCGGUCGACCUUCAACUGACAAUGUUCAACAUAUUGAAAGCACUGUUGAAAGAGAUCGAAUGAAAAAUUUCCGACGACAUCAAUUAGAGGACGACACUGAUAUGCGUACCAUGAUUCGAACGAGUCGACCAUAUGUUCAUUCGGAAUUCAAUCAACCGGAGUAUUCGCGAAAUGAGAGCAAUAAUUCUUGUGAAGCUGUACCCGCUGCCAAUAUGAUACGUUAUAAAGAUCAAUUCUAUUUAAUUCCGCUCUAUGUUGACAGAAAUGUUACGCUAACUGAUACAAUGAUCGAUCAAGCUAAGCAACUCGCGUGGGUACUGGCUGGUCUCUCCACAUGCGUCUUUAAGAUGCCUGUCGAAACGAUGCAUCUCUUUCGUGAUAUUGAUAGUGCUCGUAUCGCUUUCAACAGCAAUGGCGCAUUGUUUUUCAAUCUUCGCUACUUCGAACAGAUGUCUACUUUAUGCCAAUUGUUGUUCCUUGUGGUUCUUGCAACGGCAUUCGCUCGUUCUGUGAAUGUUUAUCCUUCGACUUAUUGUAUUCGUUUUGAUACGAAUGUGAAGAAUGCCAUUAAACCUAUUAUCAUAAACAUUACCCAAAGUUGGGCACCAUUGGGUGCAAAUCAUUUGUUCGAUGUGAUCAAUUCCCAGUUUUAUGCUGUUCCAGCGGCUUUCUUUCGUGUCGUUCCUGGGUUCGUUGUGCAAUUUGGAAUUAGUGGGGAUCCACAACAAAACAAAAUUUGGAAUGGAACUAUUGUUGAUGAUCCUGUUCUUAUGUCCAAUACUGUUGGCACUUUAUCCUAUGCUACUGCUGGUCCUGACACCCGUACCACUCAGUUAUUUAUCAAUUAUGUUAAUAACACGCGCCUCGAUCUACUGGGCUUUGCACCUUUGGGAAUUGUCACCACUGGCUUAGACACUGCAAAUGCAAUUUUUAAUCCAACACCAGGUAGAAUAUUUGUUUCGAGUGCUAUACUCCCCAAUCAUAUUGCGGAAUGA